AUGGCUGCGGGCGGCGCCGCCAUGCGUGUCUCUUUCGUCUUCCUCCUAAUGGCAACUGCUCUCUUCGGGCUGGCCGCCAGCAUCCUCCCGCUCGAGUACUUCGAGCUUAAGAAAGGGGAUUUCUCUCUGAAAUGCACCAACUGGGGGGGCACCAUCCUCUCCGUUGUCCUCCCCGAUUCAAAUGGUGCUCCUCUUCUUGAAUCCUCCGCGGCUGCUGUUUUCCUGCGAGUUUAAUCGAGCCAAACCAUCCCCCUGCGAGUUUGAUUCUCCCUUUUCUUCUCUGUCUUCUCGAGAUCAUCUCAUCUCCCCGGGGAUCCGUAGGGUUCCCUCGUGGAUUCUCAGAAGCUCGAUUCUCUCCUCGUCUCCGAUUCUCUCCGAUCUCGGCUCUGAGAACUUUCCGGUUUGAGGAUUUCCGCCAAAACCUCCCCAGAUCUCUGCCAUUCUCCUCGUUGGCUCUCGAUCGAGAUCAGAUUGCUCAACAUUUCGCGUGAUUUCAGGGCCGACUGGGGGUUGCAAGAAAGUGUUCGAUCAUAUGCUUCAUACGACUGCGGGUCGUGUAAUCUAUCACUUGCUUGUUGGUGUUCUUAUUCUGUUCUUACUACCGUUUUUGGCAGGGAAGCUGGCCGACAUUGCGCUUGGCUACGAUACCAGCAAGUCCCUCGGCGAAUACCUUGUGAGUACCCCCACCCCCACCCGAUCCCUCCUUCGUCAGCUCAUCAAGAACCGUAAUUCUUGGCGAGAAAUCCUAAGGAAAGACGUGUGGUCGCUGUUCUUGAUGGUUGCUCGACUGAGGCCAGGCCCGGGCUGCGAUGUGGACAAGUCUUCGCGCCAGCCUCACUCCCCGCGCUCUCUCUCUCUUUCUCUGAUCGCUAACGUUCACCAAGGUGGCCCUCAUGUUGUCUUCUGACAGAGCUGCCUCUCUGUCGUCAGUUGGCGGCUGAGUCAACGGGGAACGUAGUUAAUGAUCGUACAACUGGGUUUGCAGUGUGAUCUGUCGGGUUCUUUUCUUAUUAUGUGGGUCAAUAAACUUUCAGUGCCUUUUUUUUUUUACCAACUUGAGUUGGAAAAAAAAACCACUUUUUUUAUCAUACGAUCUCGGGUUUAUCAGACAUCAUCGAUGAGCUCUUUGAUCCCCCAUUGGUCCGUAGUUUCGUGAAAAAGAAAAAUCAACCGUGUGUUCAUAAUAAUCGUCGAUAAUAUCAUAAUUUCCCGGAUCUGUGUAAAUAUAUUAUGAUAUUUAUCGUUAUCUUUCAGAAAAAUCCGAGCUCCUUCGGCGCAUUGGUGGGGCGAGUGGCCAACAGGAUCUCCGGGGCCAAGUUUUCCUUGAACGGCAGGACGUACAAGCUCUUCCCCAAUGACGGGAGGAACUCUCUCCACGGUCGGUCCUCCAAGAACACGUCAAGAACUGAUAAAAACCAUUUUUUUUUCAUUUUUCUUGUUGGUUUCGAUCGAGUGGUUGAAUAAAAAAAAAUUUGUUGCAUGCAGGCGGGCACAGGGGUUUCAGCAAGGUCAUGUGGGACGUGAAGGAGAAGGACCUGGAAGGGCCCUACCCCUUCGUCAAGUUCCAUUACCACAGCUUCGACGGCGAGCAAGGCACGGCCGCCUCCUGAAUCCUGAAUCUCUUCUGGUUCUUCUCUCGACGACGACGAUGAACUGGGUUUUGUUCUAUUUUAGGGUUUCCGGGGGAUCUGGACGUGUUCGUCACCUACAAGAUCUCCGGGGACUACCAGCUGACCGUGGUCAUGGAGGCGGUGCCGGGGAAGAAGCCCACGCCGGUGAACCUGGUCCAGCAUGUCUACUGGAACCUCGGCGGGCACGACAGUGGCACUGUGCUAGGCCACGAAGUGCAGAUCUUCGCCGGACACAUUACGCCGGUGGACAAGGAGCUCAUCCCCACCGGCGAGAUCGCCGCCGUUGCGGGGACGGCGUACGACUUCUUGGAGCCACGCAGAGUGGGGAGCCGCAUCGCCGAGGCCGGCGGGUACGACAUCAACUACGUGCUGGACCCGGCGGCGGCGGCGGCGGAUGGAAUGAAGCGGGCGGCGGUGGUGAGGGACGGCGGAGGAUCGGGGAGAGGGUUCGAGCUGUGGACGAACCAGCCGGGGGUGCAGUUCUAUACGAGCAAUACGCUGAGGGCAGUGGGGAAGGGCGGCGCCGCCUAUGGCCCCUACUCGGGGCUGUGCCUGGAGACCCAGGGCUUCCCCGACUCCGUCAACCACCCGCAGUUCCCCUCCCAGAUCGUCCACCCCGGCGAGACCUACCUCCACCGCAUGCUCUUCAAGUUCUCCGUCGAGUAG